AUGGACGCACAGCUGAGCAAGAAGCGGAAGCUCAAGGAGUCUAAGGCCGACAAGCCCACAGCUGACGGGCAUGCCGACCGCAAGGCGCUGAAGAAGGCCAAGCUGGCGGCAGCAGCGGCCGAAGAAGCAGCAGGCGAAGCCGACAUAGCCAAGGAGGCCAAGAAGGUCAAGAAGGCCAAGCGGAAAGCCGACAAGGAGGUGGAGGAAGCGGCAGAAGCGAAGGUCGAAGAGGAGUCAGAAGAGGAGGUCGAGGAGGCUGAAAAGGCCGACAACGUCGCUGAGGAGGAGGAUGACGACGAUGACAACGGCUCGCCGCCGCCACUGCCGGCUAUCAGCGAAGACGCCAACACGGACACUCUGACACUGCCACCGGUGGGCGACGAUGCAGAGAGCGGCUCAGGGCGAUUUGCAGACCUGACGCUGUCGGAUCGGACAAAGCAGGGACUGGCAGACAUGGGGUUCGAGACGAUGACGGCAAUCCAGCGACGAGCACUGCCGCCGCUGCUGGCGGGCAAGGACGUGCUGGGAGCGGCGAAGACGGGCUCGGGCAAGACGCUGGCGUUCCUGAUUCCGGCGGUGGAGAUGCUGUUCGCGCUCAAGUUCAAGCCGCGCAACGGCGUGGGCGUUGUGGUGGUGACGCCGACGCGGGAACUGGCGCUGCAGAUCUGGGGUGUGGCACAGGAGCUGAUGGCGCACCACACGCAGACGACAGGGAUUGUGAUGGGGGGUGCGAACCGACGGGCGGAGGCGGAGAAGCUGGGACGGGGUGUGAACCUGCUGGUGGCGACACCGGGCCGGCUGCUGGACCACUUGCAGAACACGCCGAACUUCCUUUACAAGCACCUGCGGUCACUGAUCAUCGACGAGGCGGACCGGAUUCUGGAGGUAGGAUUUGAGGACGAGUUGCGGCAAAUUAUCAAAAUCCUGCCAAAGGAGCGGCAGACGAUGCUGUUCUCGGCGACGCAGACGCAGAAGAUCGACGACCUGGCUAAGGUGUCGUUGCGAGCGAACCCGCUGUACCUGAACGUGGACGAGGCGCAGCAGUUCAGCACGGUGGACGGGCUGGAGCAGGGGUACGUGGUGUGCGGAUCGCAGGACCGGUUCCUGCUGCUGUGGUCGUUCUUGAAGCGGAUGGCGGGCAAGAAGAAGGUGAUUGUGUUCUUCAGCUCGUGCAACUCGGUCAAGUACCACGCGGACCUGCUGCGCUACAUCGACCUGGGCGGGGUGUUGGACCUGCACGGCAAGCAGAAGCAGGCGAAGCGGACGAGCACCUUUUUCGAGUUCUGCAACGCGGAACAGGGCAUCCUGCUGUGCACGGACGUGGCAGCGCGCGGGCUGGACAUCCCAGCAGUCGACUGGAUCGUGCAGUUCGACCCGCCGGACGACGGGCGGGCGUACGUGCACCGGGUGGGCCGGACGGCGCGAGGCACAGAGGGCCGGGGCAAGUCGCUGCUAUUCCUGCUGCCGAGCGAAGUGGGAUUUCUGGCGUACCUGCGCGAGGCACGGGUACCGGUGGUGGAGUACGAGUUCCCGACAAGCAAAGUGCGCAACGUGCAGGCGCAACUGGAGAAGCUGCUGGCACAGAACUACUACCUGCACCAGAGUGCCAAGGACGGUUUCCGGGCGUACCUGCACGCGUAUGCGAGCCACAGCCUGCGGUCAGUGUUUGACGUGCACAAGCUGGACCUGACGGCAGUGGCAAAGAGCUUUGGUUUCUCGAAGCCGCCGCGGGUGGACCUGACACUGGCAGCCAGCAUGGCCAAGAACAAGGCGGGCGGUGGCGGCAGCGGUGGCGGCAGCGGUGGACGGCGGGCGUAUGGAAGCCAGCCGCGGCAGCACAAUGGCACGGGCAAGUUCCAACGGAGAGGUUGA